UGCAGAUAUCUGUGAUAAGAAGGAAAGACCAAACAGCUAUAUGCAAAUAAAAGACAACGACAUACUUCCCACAGCUGACGACCAGACUACGUCAAAUGACAACCACGGCGAAGAACCUCAAUAUGAGAUACCCGACCCCUUGCAGGUGCAAGACAAUUGUUUCCGUUGCUCCCCUGAAGGCAAAGCGAAUAAAACACAGACAUUUGGAACGUAUGUGAGAAUGAGAACAGGAGACGAUAAGGAUACACAUUCGAAGGCCGAAAAAACGCAAAUAGACUUUCUUCAUCGUCUUCAAGUUCAACGGACUCAGAAAGCGCUUACCUCAUUGUUACUGACAGGAAAAACCCACCAUCGGAAAUAGAUCAAACCGAUGUUCAAACUUCAACAUUGAAAAAAAAAACAAGCGAAAGAAGUAGUUGAUGACAAGCCGGGCGAUACACAUGAUGCUGUCUAUGAAAAUGUUUUACACGGAGGUGCACACUCUAUGUCCAUGCAACAUCCGAAGAUGGACAAAGAACUAACACAUCAGCAGAGCAAAAUAAAAGGAGGGGGCAAGAUUGUGCGUCCAAAGACUGACGUAAAAAUGACCAGACCUAACAAGACGAGACCACAAUCCAUUACAAAUUCGUCUUCGGCUUCGAAAACAAAUUCAGAAAACCCUAUGAUUCGUGUGGAUGGCAGAGACCAUUCGUCGACUUCAAAGAAUCAAGGGGAAUCUCAAUCGAUAAAGAUGAUGGCAAGUGCAAUCGAACAAUCUUUAAAACUUGGAAUAUCGAUGGGGAAAGGAACUCCAAGAAGCCAUUCAUGUGCACAUUUGCAAGGUGCACACAAAGUAUCAUGUGGGUAUCCGGAGAAUCCUGACCAAGAAACACAUGUGCAGCGAAAAAUUAAAGGAGGGCGCAAGAUUGGUCCGUCAAAGACUGACACAAAGACGGAUGUGAAGACCAGGUACCCAAUCGGUACGAAUUCGUGUUCAGCUUUGGAAACAAAUUCAGAAAACGGUUCUGCACAGACAACAAUACCCGUGGUUCAGGGAACUACAACCCCGUUAGAGGAGGAUCCAAUCUAUGAAAACUCCCAAGAUCUGUAUGAGAAUGUGGAUUACCCUGCCGUGAAAAACGAUAAGAGAGCCGGAGCUACAACUAAGUAACAGUCUAGUGGGUCCUUUGACGUUCCUAUUGGUUUAUAUUCUGUUUGUAUUAUUUUGUUUGUUGUUGCUGUAGCUUAUUAUAUAAUACACAGAGACAAUUCGUAAUCAUUGGUUUUAUAAUUUAUCGUAUUAAUUUUGUUUUUCUCCAUUAAAAAUGUUUUUGUAUUUUAUUUAAUUAUAUUAUUGUUUUAUUUAACAUGGACUUAGUAAUUUUAAUAGUCAUGAUACUUAUUCUCAUUGAUCAUGCUGUUUUUCUUUUUUGUACCAGUUUGUACCGGUGCGAAAACUUUCGAAUUGAAUGUACCAAUAUAUAUCUUGUUUUAUGAAGUUAAAGUUAUAUCAGGAUUCGCUUUUCGGAACCCCCCUUCGACGAUGCGUUUUUGCUAUAGCGUUUAAUAAAGAUAACGUUAUAUAAAGACCAUGACUUCGAUCAUCUAUUCGAUGAUGUGUAUUGUUUUAACAGUGUACAUAUCACUUAAGAAUUUCUUUUACAUGAUUGUUUUGUUUUUAUCAUCACAUGAAUAUAUUUAAAGCGAUAUUAAAGGUUUAUAAAAUAUGAACAAUUGUGUGAUAGGAUUAGAAAUUCCUAGUAUAUACGCGUACUGUGAUAGCCUUAAGUGGUAAAUUGAGUUGCCAUAUAAUG